AAGUCUCGCGAUCAGCGCUAUUGUGAACGCAGCCCGGAGAGUAUAAAACGCGCGCGCACCUCCACCGCUCACUACACCCCGAGGACAGCAGACGUUUUAGGUGUUCUUAUCUAUCAACAUGAGGGCUGUUGCAGUGGUACUUGCUCUGGCAGUCAUUACUGGCUGCCAUGCCCGCGCUGUGCUCCAGGCCAAAUGGGAAGAAACAGUGGAUCAAUUCUGGCAGUCCAUCUCUGAUAGUAUGGUGGACAACAUGAAGGGCUCUGAGCUCACCAAGGAACUUGAUACUCUGAUCACUACCACCAUGACUGAGCUGAACUCAUACAGAGAAGACAUCGAGACCAAACUGGGCCCAUACACAGUAGGUGCCUCAGGCCAGCUGAAGCAGGAUCUGGAUCUUCUGGCUAGCAAGCUGCAGACAGACAUGCUUGAUGCCAAGGAGCGCUCUACCCAGUACCUACAGGAGCUGAAGACCAUGAUGGAGCAGAAUGCAGAUGAUGUCAAGAACCGUAUCAACAACUACAUUCGUAAGCUCAAGAAGCGCCUGGGGAAGGACACCGAUGAAAUCCAAAAAACUGUAGCUACUUACCUGGGUGAGCUGCAUUCCCGCAGCGAGCAGAACGCCGGGGCCAUAAUGGGCCAACUUGAGCCCUUUGCUAAGCAGGUGCAAGAUGGAGUCAUGGAGAAAUUUGGCGCCCUCACCGAGAUAAUGCAGAACCAGGCUGUAAACCAACAGCUGGAACAACAGGCCGACGUGCUGAAGCAGCAGCUGGAGAAGACCGCCGAAGACCUGCGCACUUCCCUCGAAGGCCGCAUCGAGGAGCUGACCACCCUCCUGGAACCCUACACUGAGAAGAUCCGUGAAGAGUUCCAGACCAUCAUGGAAAAGCUCAAGGAAGCCUCAGCUGCUAUCCCUGCCUCACUGUAAAGCCACCACUUAUAGCACAUUGUACCAAACACAGGAAGGGAAAAGUGGGGGUAAAAUUAGUCUUAUAAUGUUCGUUACUGAUGCUUUUAUAGUCACUGUAUGACAGAGAAUCAAGCAAAAGAAAAGGACUGGUCAUGGUCUCUUAUCGAAACAUGGAAUGCUUUUUUUAUUAAUCACAAUGUGGGCUUGCACAGUAUUAAUCCACUCAAUCCUACUUCUUCAAGUGCAAUAGUAUAAAUUCCUUGGCUAGUCAUGUUUCUCAAAUCUGUGAGAUUGAAUAAAAGUGUGCGUCUUGGGAUGACAGGCAGGUUUACACAAAGGUUUAAUAGUUCUAUGAAACCUCAUGAAAUUAUUGUCCACAAUUUCAAUCCUUAACUCUGCAAAGAACGUCUGACUGCUGUUUUUGUACCUGUAUGCAAUAAAAAUGGGUAAUGGAUCAAA